AUGAGCCCAAAUGACAGCUCCGACGACGCGGCACAGGCGCCGCCAAUCACAGGUCGCGAAAGGACCGUGACGCCGCCUGCCGAAGUCGUCGACCCGCCAACCCACGAAAGGGGCGCGGACGUGAACGAGAGGAUCCUCAAGAUGCUCAUGGGACUCGAAGGUCGCAUGGAGCGCAUGGAAGCGUCCCAGAUGCAGAUGGACGAGAACGAGCGACUUCGAGGUGCAAUCGAGAGUGGGCUCUUCAGCUCUCUGCUUGGCCGCAACAUAGGCAACGCUGGACCGAUGCACCUGGACGCUCUUGGCAACUCGCCGCCGAGACGACAAGCUGUGUAUCAAGCGCAUGACCAGCCAAGGCAGCACCCGAGAGUGUCACCGGCUCAAGGCGCCCACGUUGAACCGCUCGGACCGCAGUAUGCGGCGCCGGACUUACGGCAAGGCUACCCACCGCAACAGAUGCCUCAACAAGCCCAGCAAGUGCCAUGCCCUACGCAUCGCGUGCCGGACGCACGUCAACGAAAGCUGGCGAUCAGGAAGUUUGACGGCAGUGAGCUAUACCAUGGACUUGGCUCCGGUUUUCUUGAUUGGGGGAGAACAUUUCUCCGGCAAGUUACGAUGGCCCAGCAUGCGUGCGGAUUCGCAUGGUCCGAGGAAGUUAAAGCUGACUUACUUGGACACUACUUGAGCGUAACCGCGGAGCGCUAUUAUAACAAGCAGCUGGAGUUGUGGUGGACGCAACUACCGACGCUGGAUCAUGUCAUGGAAAGGCUCCAUCAGACUUUUAAGACCACAAUCACGGCUUCGCAGUCAAUCCAGCUCUUCACGGCGCGUAAAGACCCCAAGAGAAGUUGGCCGGAGCAUUACCUUUACUUGGUAGCUGUCAGCGACGCGUGUGGUGGCGCGGACCAACAGGUGUUGGAUAAUAUCGUGCAUUAUGCGUCGACGGAACUAAGUACGGUGCUUAUGGCUAAGUACGAUAACUCAAGAGUGGAUUUUUUGCGUCAAGCUGAGGAGCUCGCCCACUUCGCGCAGUCUGUAGAGCUGGAGUCGCGUAAGGGCCGGGCACUAGGACGAGAUGUUGUUGCGCUCGUGGACGAGGUCUCAACAAAGAGGGAGACACGCACGUGCUUUGGGUGCGGAAAGGCCGGUCACAUCAAGGCCAACUGUCGAAGCAAAGGCCGUAGUAAUUACGAUGGUCGUCGUGGAAAACAUGGCGCAGACCUCGUUUUGGCGAUCAACGAUCGUGGAAUCAAGAAGAAGAACACGCGUUUUGGUUAUGCUGGAAAAGAUGCGAAGGACGAGCAUGAUGAGUGGAUCUUGGAUAGUGGUUCAAGUCGUCACCUCGUGAAGGAUGAGAGCCUGUUGCUGGAUGCACAAGACUGCAACUAUCAGUGCAACAUGGCGGAUGGAGAAACACUAUCCCUGUCAAGAGUCGGUAGCGUCCGUUUAUGCGUUAUGGCAGGUGGCAAGGAGCGGACGGUCAAGCUUACCGAAGUGUACCUUGCGACUGAACUCGAGCGCAACAUUGUCUCAUAUGGAAAACUCGAGCUCAAGUGUUUUGGAUUGGUAUACGAUGGCGCGACGCGCUCGCUCGCCAAUCGCAGUAAUGGGGAAGUGGCUUUCGAUUUGACUAUGGAGAAUAACGUACUUUACGUUAAGACUGUGGAAACUUCGCACUUAAGGAGCAUGCCAAGUGAUGUACUAAUGGCAAUACUGGCUGAAGAAGGAGCGGCUGAGUCAUCGUUGGGAGUGCAAAGCGGCACGCUCAUGCAUUUUCACCAGCAACUCGGACACCUUUCUUUCGACACGGUGGAAAGAAUGGCGAAGGAUCCUGCGUCAGGGAUCAAACUCACGGAUCGGCGAAGACUCACGUGUUUGUCAUGUGCUGAAGGAAAGCAGACGAAAAAUUCUCAAUCGCAAAAGGACACCGGCGUGAAUGCACCAAUCGACAGGAUUGGUGGAGUUAUCUGCUCGGAUCUAAAGGGACCUAUGACGCCCAAGGACCGACAUGGAAACAGAUAUCUCGUGAAUUUUAUCGAUUACAAGUCGAAUUACUGCCGCGUGUUUCUGGCCCCGACUAAGGAUCAAGCAGCGAAGAAGUUUGAACACUUUUUGGUGUUUUUUGAAAAGCGAUUUAAUUGUCGUAUUCACGUGCUACGUACGGACGGCGGCGGGGAGUACCAGAAUGUGGACUUAUUCUGCAAGCGCACUGGAGUAGCCCGUCAAGUCUCAGACGCAAGAAAUCAAGCUUCGAACGGCAAGGCGGAGCGGAUGCAUCGGACCGUUCUCAAUAUGGCUCGGUCCAUGAUCUUUGCAAGCCGCCUGCCCUUGACAUUUUGGGGAGAUGCCGUCGAAUACGCGGCGUACAUCUUGAACAGGAGUCCUACAAGCGCAAACCUGCGACGCGCGUCGCCAAUACAGGUUCUCACGAAGGUUGUCCCCGACUUGCGCAACAUAGUGGUAUUCGGCUCAAGUUGCACGGUCUAUCGAGACCCUCGCAAGAACUCGCUCGCACAACGAGCACAAGUUGGCAUUAUCGUCGGGAGGAGCGACGAAACUAAAGGCUAUCGAGUUUUUUUGCAAAAGGAUAACAUCGUGGUCGUCACGCAGCAUGUGAAAAACAUCGCGACGCUCAGUGACUAG